AUGGUUAACCAACAGGCUCAAGGCCCGGGAGGUAAUGCCGGAAACCCUGGAAAUAAUGUGGGUAAUCAGGAGGGAGAGGACCGUGCUUUAGAACGAUUCCAAAAGUUUGCACCUCCGAAAUUUAUAGGUGGAUCCAACCCUGACUUAGCGGAGGGUUGGCUGGACCGCAUGUUGGAUAUAUUUGCUGCGCUCAGGUAUUUGAAGGAGCGGCAGAUAUCUUUUGCUAUUUUUCAAUUUAAGGGGGCCGCCCGAGCUUGGUGGAAUGUGAUCAAGGCUAAGUGGGAGCGGGAACAAACCCUUUGGACGCGGGUUAACUUUACUCGAAAAUUUAAUGAGAAAUAUUUACCUCCCAUUGUGCAAGAGAGACAUGAGGAUGACUUUAUCCGCCUGCGCCAAGGGGCAUCCAGUGUGGCAGAAUAUGAAAUCCAAUUUACAAAACUCUCUCGCUUCGCUCCGGAUUUUGUACUAACAGAGCAAAAGCAAAUCCGUCGUUUCAUUCAAGGCUUAAACGUGGAGAUUCAAGAGGCACUAGCAGCUGCUCAGUUAAACACAUUUAGCCAAGCACUAGAAAAGGCUCAGAGAAUUGAGGCUGCCAGGGGACAAGUAAAAGCCUUUCAUAAUCAGAAAAGGAGGUAA